AUGUUCGCCAAGAUUGUGCUCGUUGCCCUCUGCGUGGCCACUGCCCAGGCCGGUCUCCUGCCCUUCCAUGCUCCUGCUCCUCUAGCUGCGCCACUGGCUGCUCCUCUGGCUGCUCCUCUGGCUCCAUUUGCUGCUCCUCUGGCCGCACCAGUGGCUGCUCCUGUGGCCACUGCUGGCGUCGUGGCUCCCUAUGCCUCCAGCUUCAAUGCCCACCGCAUCAACCACGCUGUGGCCUAUCCAGUGGCUCCAGUCCCAGCACCAGUGGCCUUCGCUGCUCCCGUUCCCGCUCCCCUGCCUGUUCCUGUGGCUGCUCCUGCGCCGGUGGCCUUCGCUGCUCCUGCUCCCCUGCCAGUGGCUGCUCCUGCUCCGGUGGCCUUCGCUGCCCCCGCCAAGGUUGCCUUUGCUGCUCCCGCUGCAGUGGCCGCUCCUCUGGGUGCUCCUCUGGGAUUCGCACCUGCCCCGGCGCCGGUGGCCUUUGCUGCUCCCGCCAAGUUCGGAUUUGCUCCGUUCGCAGCUCCAGUGCCAGUGCCAGCACCUCUGGCCGUGGCUCCCAAGUUCGCCGCUGCCGCCCCGUACUUCUUCUAA